AUGUUCAGUUGGUUAUUUGGCAAAAAAAGACAAGCCGAGCAACCGAGCUCGGAGCAGGCGUCCCGAUUGCCGGUCGCCGCUACCGAUGCUGCUCCCUUACCUACACCAGCCGUCUCUACACCCAUAACCACGACGCAGCGCAUGAAACCUCCAAUCGACAACCCCAUUCUCAAUGUCACGACACCAACACAAUCACCUGACCAAUCUUUCCGAACCCCAAGUUCCGUGCCCCAGCACAUUACGUCUUACUCUCCCCGAUCUUCUCCGCGACAUUCUCGACCAGCAUCGCGAAAAUCAUUUGGUCCACGACCUGCUAGAUCGUAUUCUUCUUUGGGCAACAGACGGCGGUCUUCUCGACUGUCGCUGCCUCCGGCCACGUAUCAACAUGUGAGCGGAGAUCCCGAAGACCCUCUGACCUCUUGGAUCGACUCGGUGAAGCACCGGGCGCGCGAGUCUCUGGCUCGAAACAGAGAGGCUGCCGAGAAGGAAGAGCGAGAGUUGGAACAACAGCGAAUUGCGCGGGAGAAGGAAAUGGCCGACAGAUCGGCUCAGAUUAAUUCCCCGGCGUUUGAGCAGCUGGGAAAGGUGCUGGGUGAUACAAAUAAUGGCCACCAGCAGACAAUGUUCAUGAGUUCUCCUCGUCAGAACCUCACUGGUGCAUUGCAGAGAGAGAGGGAGACCGAAGCCACUGAAAUGACUGUGGCUGUCGAAGGGUCCCCUGAGCCUUUCACGUUCUCAGUCACCGACAAUGGACAUGCUGACGAGUACACAGAGGAUGAGGAUGAGAUUAGGGAAGAGGAUAUGGAAGAGGAGAUGCAUGCACACUUGCAGCGCAUGCGGGAUCAUCAAGUGCAUCGUUACGAGGAACAUACACAGUUUCAACCCCCUCAGCAGCAACCAGAUGACGAUGAUUGUGUCAUGAUCAUUGAUUCUGAUGAUGAAGAGGAAGAACCUCAGCAGGAGGGGCAUGGGGAGGACGAAGAGGACGAAGAGGAAGAAGAGGAACUGGAGGAUGAGGAGGAAGAUCAGGUCAAUCACCAGUACCUGCAAAUGCCUCAGUAUGCUUCUCGCGACAAACAGUUUGAAGAUAUGAUCAGGGUUCAGCAGGAGUCCUAUGCCAGUCGACCAAAUUACGCUAAAUCUACUCCCAGUUCGUACAUGGGUUCUCGAGAUGAUGACGACGAAGAGGAGGAGGAUUUCGAGGGCCGAUACGACGAGUACGAUGGGUAUGACGACGAUGAGGAGAUGGAGGAGGCUGAGGAGGAGGAGGAGGAAGUGAGGGUGCCUGACAGGGUGGAUGAUAUUGACUACGAGGAGGAGAGGGAUAUCGGUGAGACGAGCCAAUUUGACACCGAAAAGGACCUUGACGUGGUUGAUGUCGACGGAAUCACACAGGACUACGCUGGUGUGGAGGAUGUGGAAGCUGAGGGCGUUCCUGUGGACGACGAUGACGAAGGGUUCGAUGUGCAGGAGUACCAGCGGGAUGAGAAUGCUAGCCGAUUCGAAGAGGAGGUUGGUAUUGACUGGACUCAGAGUAUUGCCCAGGCAGCCAUCCCCAACAUCUCCAACAAUGAAGUCUCUGAUGAAGAGUAUUCUCGUCCCAUGCACAUGUACGAAGACCAAGUGGUUUCCAGUGAGCCUGCUGGCGUUGGAGUUGAGGUUGAGGUUGAGGUUGAAGUUGAAGAGAGCAUUGAGAUCCUGAGCGAGGACGAGGAGCCAGGACGUGUUCAUUUUCAGCCAGAAGUCGAGUACGUGGAGGAUGUGCAUGAUCUGGAGGAUCAGGAGGAGAUGCAUAUUGAUCCUUCUCUUGGACUUGCGGUCGAGAGGGAGGAAGACGAAGAGCACAUCUAUCACGAGCUGGAGACGAAGCACGAGCCUGCGCUAAUUGAGGUGAAUGAGGAGAUUCAAGCUGAAGUCGAGCCCAUGACCGAGACUGAACCCAUGGAUCUUGAUGAGGAGGAGACAGACAUCAAGGUUGAGACAGUUCCUGAGAAAGUUCCUGAGACAGCUCCUUCCAGGGAUUCCCCUGAGACAGCCUCCGAAGAGACGGCAGUUGCUGAUGUUCCCUCUGUUACUCUGAACCCCGCCACGUUUUCAUACUCCCAGGCUCAAACCCUUGACGAGGUGAAGGAUGUGUGGGCUUCUAGUACCCCUGUCCCUCCCACUUUCUCCCUCAACUUUGCCUUCGGCUCUUCUUUCUCUCAGUCUCCUGUUUCUGAGGAGACAUCUACUGCAGAGGUUUCCAAGAAGCGGUCUUGGGAUGAGUCAUCUAGCAACGUCUCAGAGAGCAUUUCUUCGAUCCGAGAGAACUUGUUCCGCAAGCGAGGGUUCCCGGCUGACAUUCUUGAGGCCAACACCAAGUUAGCUGAGGAAGAAAAGGUGAAGCGUCAGAAGCUGGAACAGGAGCGUGCUGAGAGUUCGAUGAUUGAUGUGGAUGAGAAUGGGGAUGAGGAUGAGGAGAAGGACGCGGAGGCUGUGAAUGAGGGUGAGGAUGAGGAGAAGGACGCCGAGGCUGAGACUGAAGAUAUUCCUGAGGCGGUUAAUGCUGCCGAAGAGGAUGUCAUUGAGGUCGAUGCUGAGAUUGAGGGCGGUGCUGAAGCCACUGAAGACGUUGUUAUUUCCGAUGAUGAUGUUGUAGAGAUCGUGGAAGAGAAUGACCAUGCUCUUGAGACCGGGGCUGAAGCCGCUGAGCCUGAGGUCAUCUCCACCCUAUACGAGAAUUCUGACUUCUGUGUUAUGGAGCUCAAGGUAGAGACAGACGAUGGCGAGGUCUCUGCCUAUUUCAUCCAUGAACACGACGAGGACCAGGAUGCCGAGGAGCUCGAGACUGAACACACCAUUAUUACCGAGGAGGUGUCGUACCUGCUGUCUUCUGCUCUCCGUGGCAUUCCUCAUGUCGAGCAUGAUGAGUCUCUUGUUGAAGAGGCGGAAGAUGAAGAGGUUCGAGAUGUUCAGCUCGACGAGGACAUGAUUGUGCACGUUGUUGACGAGCCCGUUGAGAUUCCUGCUGAGAUGAUCCUUUCUACCCUAUAUGACAGCGAUACCCUCUGUGUCAUGGAGUUGACCGUCAAGCUUGGAGAUACUCAGGUGUCUUCUUACCUUUUCCACGAGCAUGACGAAAACGACGACGACGAGACUAUUGCUUCAGAACACGAUAUGAUUCUCGAGGAUGUUACCAAUCGAGUGACAGCUGCUCUUCGGGCCCUUCCCCAUUCCGAGCUGACCCUUCUGGAGGAAGCCGAGGAGGUGAGCGUCUUCCCCCUAGAAGAGUUUGUUGUUCACGCUGUCGAGCAGCCUGAAGAGGUUGACGGUGAUGCCUCUGUUGAUGUUGACGCUGUGGUCACAACUGAGGUUGAACAGGAGUCUGAACAUGAGCCUGAACAAGAUGAGCCUGAGAAGGAGGAGGCUGAGGAGCAGGACGUGGAGGAGCAGGACGUGGAGGAGCAGGAGGACGUUGAGAUGGACCUCGGCGAGGAGGCCGAAGUGGACGAGGCCGGCGACCGAUCUAUUUUCGAGAAGGUUGGCGAAAUGGUCGAAAACGUCGUGGAGAACGUUGUUGAUGGUAUCCAUGAUGUUGCUGACAAGGCUGCUCAGUUUGUUGAGGUUCUUGAGGGUGCUGAUUUAGAUGUUUCUGGAUCCCCUGAGGAGUUUCACGACGCUUCCGAGGUGAUGGAGGAUGAUGAGGAAAUUGCUGAUGGCGAUAACAACGAUGUGGAGGCCGAAGAAGCCGAGAUCGAAGAUGUUCAUCCUGUUGCAAUUGCCAAUGAGGAGGAGGAGGAGGAGGAGGAGAAGGCGGCUGCAAUUGAAGUUUCUCGGGAAAGUGCCCAAGUCGAAGCCGAGUCUGAUUCUGAAGUUGAAGCCGAGGCUGAAUCUGAGGAGGAAGAGGCUGAUGUGGAAAUGCGUGGACACGUCACAAUCGACUUCAAUACCUACGAAGCUGGCACCGAUCCUGAGGAGGCUGAGGAGGAGGAAGAAGAAGAAGAAGAAGACGAAGAAGAAGAAGAAGAAGACGAAGAAGAAGAAGAAGACGAUGAAGAGGAGGAGGAGGAGAGUGAUGUCGAAGAGGAAGCAGAGGUCGCAGCUGUCCCAGUCGUUGUUGACAUCAGCAGUGACGAUGGUGAGGUGGCUGUUUCUGAGGAGGAGGAGGAGGAGGAGGAGGUGGUGGAGAAGGACGAUGAAGACCAGGAAGUUGGAGUCGAGGCCGAAUCUGAUACCGAGGCCGAGGAUGAGCCUGAGGCUGGAGUCGAGAUCGAUGCCGCAUCUGAGGCUGAAGCUGAAUCUGAGGAAGAAGUUGCCCAUGUGGAGACCGAGAGCGAAGAAGAGGAAUAUGUGGAGGAGUACAAGGAAGAAUCUGUCCCCGAGCCUUCUACUCCUCCUCCUACACGUCGUCGGCGAACUCGAAACUACACGGAGUCUCCCAGACGGUCUAGACGACUCAGGUCACUCGAACCCGAGCCCAUCCCCGAGGAGUACGUCACCCCCAAAGUCGAGCUUCUAGCCGAUGAAGCUCACCUGGAGAUUGCCGAGUCUGAGCCCGAGGAGGAAGAGCAGGAGCAGGAGGAGAAGGUGGAGCAGGAGGAGAUUGCUGAGCCUGAGAACGACGACGAGGAAGAAGAGGAAGAGGAAGAGGAAAUCGAACCAACUCCUGUGCUUCCCAAACGACGUGGCCGACCACCAAAGGCAAAGUCUGCCAAUAAGGUGACUAAGCCGGCUCCCAAGGCCAAGGCCAAGAGAUCAGCGGCUCGUAGCCGCAAGUCUGCUCCCAGUCCUCCUAAAAGACAACCUCGACGAUCUUCCCGACGUGCUAACCUCAAACUAAAUUAA